AUAUCUAAUCAAUCGACUGAAUUUCCCACUUCCAUCAUCACCCAUUAACUUUUCAAUAGUCCCCCUCCUGUGGACUUUGCGAAUAUGGCCAGUGAACCUUUGUUAUACGACGAUGGUCCUCUCGUUUGGGUUGACUGCGAGAUGACCGGUCUUGAUUUUUUGAAUGACCGCAUAAUAGAGAUAGCAGUAAUAAUAACGGAUGGAAGAUUAAACCCUGUAGACGGAGGUAUCAGUUAUAUUAUCAAAACGCCCAAGGAAGUCCUGGACAAUAUGGGCGACUGGUGUAGGGAGCAACAUGGUAAAUCAGGCCUUAUCCAGGCUUGUUUGGACUCUCCAUAUUCGUACGAUACAGUUGUCGAAAAGGUCCUCGAUUACAUCAGGCGGUGGAUUCCAGAGAGGGGUGCUGGAUUGCUUGCUGGAAGCUCCGUUCAUGCUGAUAUGAGAUUUAUGCUAAUGGGGAUGCCGGAAGUUAUGAAGCACUUGUCUUAUCGCAUUUUAGAUGUGAGUUCUGUAAAAGAGAUUUGUAGGCGUUGGUACCCAAAGGUUAGGGCGCAAGAGCAAGAGAGUCGGACGACAGAAUGCAGCCACCGAGCUUUGGACGACAUUCGCGCAAGCAUCCACGAGCUGAAAUUCUAUCGCGAUAAUAUCUUCCUUCCUCUUGAACCGGUCACCGAUGGUCGUACAUCUACGUCACAGCAGGAAAAUAUUGGCCAUAAAACGGCGUUAUGAUCCUGAGCAAUAUGUAAUUGAAUUGCAUAAUUAUCACGCAUUGAUUGACUCUAAGGAUAUUAAGUCCUUGACUAAACAAAACUCUUGUAUAUUAUGACAGCGUCCACGUAUUCUUCACUGCCGUUGGGACCUGUCUUCAGACGACCCGCUUUUGGGAUGACUCCAACGCGUUGAAAACCAAGCUGAUCCCAAAUGGAGAGG